AUGAAUUAUAAUGAUUUUAUAUAAAUAUAUAUACAUAUUUUAGUUCAUCGAAUAAGAUUUCUAUCGUGAUACGUGUCAUCCGUGAUGUGAAUGUAUGCUCGAUACUUAGGCAAAUCGCAUUUUGCAGAACAAACGUUAAUCGUAUUAUCACAUUGAGUCACAAUAUGGACAAGGAGUCUAAAAAAGAUGAAGGAGGUAAUUUUUUAGAAUAGCAUAUGAUAGCCAAAGUGAGGAAACACAAAACGUUUUAUCUGAAUCAUCAGAAGUAGAAAAUCAUUCUGAAAUGGAGAGAUUACGUAGAUAUUUAGCUCAAAAAUUAAGACUUGUUGACUUGUCAACAAAUGAUCAGAAUGAUGAAUCACAGCAGUUAGUUCUUUCUAAACUUAGUUUAGAUGGAAUUGUUGAAUAUAUUAAAGAAAAUGCCAAUUGCAAAAUUGUUACUAUGGCAGGUGCUGGAAUCUCUACCUCUGCUGGAAUACCAGAUUUUCGGUCUCCAUCUAGUGGACUUUAUCAUAAAUUAGAUAAGUAUAAUUUACCGCAUCCACAAGCUAUUUUUGAAUUAGAUUUCUUUAUGAAGAAUCCAGAACCAUUUUUUACUCUUGCAAAGGAAUUGUUGCCAGAAGGCUUCAAACCUACAAUAAGCCAUUAUUUUAUUCGUCUACUGUGGGAGAAAGGUCUGUUGUUACGACAUUAUACACAGAAUAUUGAUACACUAGAACGUAUAGCUGGAUUAUCACCUGAUAAACUAGUGGAAGCUCAUGGAACAUUUCAUACUGGUCAUUGUCUUAAGUGCCGAGCACCAUAUACAUUUUCGUGGAUGAAAGAAAAAAUAGUAGAAGGUGUAAUACCAAAAUGUGAAGAGUGCAAUGAAGGUGUUGUAAAACCCGACAUAAUCUUUUUUGGUGAAAUGUUACCCGAACGCUUCCAAGUACUUGCUGAUCGAGAUUUCAUAGAAGCUGAUCUUUUAAUUAUUAUGGGAUCAAGUUUAGUAGUACAACCUUUUGCAUCGCUAAUAGAUAGAGUACGAAAUACUUGUCCUCGUUUACUCAUCAACAAUGAAAAAGUAGGUAUACAAGAUCGUCUGUCACGUUUCUUAGGAUUACGGCAGGGUUUGGUAUUUGAUGCCAAAAGCGCGCACGGAGGACGCGACGUAGCUUGGUUGGGUGAUUGUGAUACAGGUUGUCAACUACUAGCAGACAAACUUGGCUGGGGGGAGGAAUUGCGAGUUCUUGUACAAAGAGAACACGAAAAAUUGAAAGCAGAAGACAAAAGCGACAAUUAAUUGAUGUUGAAUAAUGGGAAUUAGUGAUGUUUUUCUUUAG